AUGUUAUUGCGAUGGGCCGAGCAUUUCCGAGGCGUCCUCAACCGCCCUUCCGCCAUCUCCGACGCCGCCAUCGAGCGUCUACCGCAAGUGGAGACCAACGCGGACCUAGACCUCCCGCCAUCUCUCCAGGAAACCAUCAGGGCCGUGCAGCAGCUCUCUAGCGGGAAAGCGCCCGGAUCGGACGCGAUCCCUGCUGAGGUCUACAAGCACGGAGGUCCCCAACUCAUGGAUCACCUGACUGCGCUUUUCCAGGAGACGUGGCGUUAAGGCGAAGUCCCGCAAGACUUCAAAGACGCAACAAUCGUGCACCUAUACAAGCGAAAACGGAAUCGCCAAGUCUGCGAAAAUCACCGUGGCAUCUCCUUGCUAAACAUCGCCGGGAAGAUCUUCGCUCGCAUCCUUCUCAACCGCCUCAAUAAACAUCUCGAACAGGGUCUACUGCCAGAAAGCCAGUGCGGCAUCCGUCGUCAUCGUGGGACCACGAAUAUGAUCAUCGCCGCCCGCCAACUUCAGGAAAAGUGUCAGGAGAUGCGGACACACCUGUACCCUACCUUCGUGGACCUGACGAAAGCCUUUGACACGGUGAAUCGUGAAGGACUGUGGAAGAUCAUGCAGAUAUUCGGCUGUCCGAAGCGAUUCACUCAGAUGGUGCGUCAGCCGCACGACGGUAUGAUGGCGCGAGUCACUGACAACGGAGCUGUCUCAGAGGCAUUCGCAGUGACUAACGGAGUGAAGCAGGGAUGCGUGCUGGCACCAACCCACUGCAGUCUUAUGUUCUCUGCCAUGCUGAUGGACGCCUACCGCGACGAACGCCCCGGGAUCCGCAUCGACUACAGGACGGACGGUCACCUGCUGAAUCAACGGCGGAUGCACUUCCAAUCACGCGUAACCACGACCACCGUUCACGAACUCCUCUUCGCCGACGACUGCGCCCUGAACAACACCUCCGAAGUGGAGAUGCAACGGAGCAUGGGCUUGUUCUCCGCCGCCUGCGAGAACUUCGGUCUGGUCAUUAACACGCAGAAGACGGUGGUGAUGCACCAACCUCCGCCCAACACAGCCACAGCCUCCAGUGCGCCGCCGCAAAUAAGCGUGAACGGAACCCAAAUGCAAGUGGUGGAGAACUUCCCUUACCUGGGCAGUACUCUCUCCAGCAACACCAAGAUUGAUGACGAAGUAGACAACAGGAUCUCUAAAACCAGCCAAGCCUUCGGUCGUCUCCAAAGCACAGUUUUGAAUCGUCACGGUCUUCAACGGAACACGAAGCUGAAGAUUUACAAGGCCGUCAUCCUGCCGAUGCUACUGUACGGAGCAGAGUCCUGGACGGUGUACACGAGGCAGGCACGCCGUCUGAACCAAUUCCACCUCAGCUGA